ACGAAGCUUGUUGUUUAUGCUGGUAUGUUGUGUGUUUUCUUUUCCUUCCCUUCCCUUCCCUUCCCUUUUACCUUGACAUUAUGACUAGUACCUUGAUUCAACUAACCCGUAAAUCAAGGCAUCGGCUGGCUCGCUGUCGAAAUCAUACCCAUUCUGCACCAGGUUAUCCCCGGUCUCAGCACCGGACACUUCUGGCCCACGUGAGUGCGGGACAGAUAUACAUACUCGCACAGGUUUUGGAAAUUAAUGAGCCACUGUGGCUGGUUGGUUGUACGCAGUAGGUGCCGCGAUGGAUAGACAUAGACAUUGUCUCGGGGAUAAUUCGUGUACACAACUUUUUGCGACAAGGCGAUGCGAUACGAUGCUAUGCGGGAAGCGGUGGUGGUUAUGUUUCUUUGGCUUGUCUUACACACUUACACACACCCCGAUACGAUUGAGCGGCUGGGUGCGUCAGGAUACUUUUGCCCCUUUUCUUCCUCCUCUUAUUCUGCUUCUUCUUGGGUAGGGCUUGGUGGUUUCGUUUCAUGUGUAUAUAUGUUAGUAUAUAUACCUAGGUAUAUAUUAUAUUAUAUUAUAUACUUUUAUGGGUA